AUGCAUCUGGCGCUAGUGGUGCCGCUAUUCUACUUUCUUCUGGUGGUGUCGUCGGUGGAGGACUCAGAAUUCUACAAGAAGCCCGCAACCACAACCACAACAGCCCCCUCACCACAGAGAACCAAGACAUUGCUGGACGCGUUCUCGGAUUUCUUCGUCGGCACGAAAUGGGUGUCGAACGUGCAGAAGUACUACUCCGAAUACAUGCAGACUGAGAAUAUGGAGCAGUUGGAGUUGGCCCGGAGCGAGCUGCACAGCAUCGAUGACGACCUCAGCCGCGUACAAACGCAGGAGCUCAUAUUGCGCUCGCGUCAGUCUGAGCUCGGCGCGUGGCUGCAGGAGAAUGCUGUCAAGCCCGUCGAAGAACGCAACCCCACAGUGGAAGAACUGGUGAGCAUGGAAUCGGACAGACUGGCGCUGCUCGAACACCGGCUAAAUCGGCUCAAGAACAAGCUGCUCAAACAGAAGGGAGACGUGGCUGCAUUCCUCAAGAUCAAUGUCAAAGCGACCGUGCGCGAUACGCUGAGGCACACCCAGACUGGACCCGCGGGGCGGCUUGUCAUCGAUCCCUCGUUCGAGGAGGCCGAGGGGCGCAACCACUUCAUCUCGACCACCGACCAUGACGACAUCGAAGGCUAA